AUGUCUGCUCCUGAAGUUUCUCACGGUCGCGGUGGCGCCGGUAACAUCAACCCCGACGACACCAAGUACGUCGACGGCGAGGUCGUUCGGAUUGGCGCCGAAGGCAGCCAUGGCGAUGGCGCCUUCAGCACUGGUCGCGGAGGCGCGGCCAACAUUGGCGAUCCGGGCGUCAAACAGACGCAUCGCGCGGAUAAGGACCUGGUUCCCGAGGCGGCCAUCCGCCCCAGCUCCGACAAUGACUACCACACCGGCCGCGGCGGCGCUGGCAACGUCGAGUUGGUCAAGACCAAGACCAAGGAAUCGGUCAAGGACGCUCCUCAGGACUCCAAGGACAAGCCCGAGGCUCCCCUCGGUCUGGCGGAUCGCCUGAAGAAGAAGAUCUAUGGCGUUUUCAAGAAGUAA